UGACAUCACCGCCACUUCUGAAACCGAGUCGCGAUAGCCUUGGGAAGGGGACGCUUGCUUUGGCAGGUCAGAAAUAUGACGUAUGCAGUAUACCGGCAUACCACAAAGGAAGGUUAAAAACAAAGAGACGACUGUCAGAAACAAACAAACAAACAAACAUUGCCGCUGUUGUGUCAGGGUACGACUUGACACAUUCCCGGAGUCUCCACCGAGGAGCCUGUGGAGGCCUGUUUUUAAACCCAUCCCUGGGCCGGAGUGCUCAGAGAUCGCUGAGGAUCUGAGCUCUUUGCCGGUGAAAGAAUUUGAGAAGCUAGCUGCUGAUGAAGAGCUUGGCUGAUGAUGCUUGAUUCUGCAUCUCCGGUUGCACCAUACCCUCCCCUCCUGCUGCUGCUGCUGCUGCUGCUGCUUACGGAUUAUGUCACAAUGGUUGCUGUACCGUUCAGGAUUGCCAAGAGAUGGUUUUUUAAACCUUCUAAAUGAUCAUAGCCACUUGGAUUGUGUUCUAUGCCAGUAAGAGCCUUGUGCAAGGUUUGCUGUUGACUCUAGAGCUGCACUUUCUAAGUUUUUGGGAAACUUCUGCAGCCGGGACCAUGGGAAACAACUGCAUUUGCCAAGAGGACAGUGAUGCUGAGGACGGCACAGCUCCCGCAGACCAGCUGCGGCAAGUGGAGAACACGGCCGCAGAGCCAGAGGCGCGAAGCCGGACGCGGGACCCUGUUAGACCACCCAGGCGUGGCCGGGGACCACAUGAACCCAGGAGAAAGAAACAAAAUGUGGAUGGGCUGGUGCUGGAUACACUGGCUGUCAUCAGGACACUAGUUGAUAAUGACCAGGAGCCACCAUAUUCCAUGAUCACUUUACAUGAAAUGGCUGAAACAGACGAGGGCUGGCUGGAAGUUGUCCAGUCCUUGAUCAGGGUGAUUCCAUUAGAAGAUCCACUGGGACCAGCUGUCAUAACUCUACUGCUUGACGAGUGCCCACUGCCAACCAAAGAUGCGUUACAGAAGCUUUCUGAAUUGCUGAAUCUGAGUGGAGCUGUGGCGUGUCAGGACGCUUCCAGUCCUGCCAAACAUCGCAACACCACGGCAGUUCUGGGAUGCUUAGCGGAAAAACUAGCAGGUCCUGCUAGCAUAGGUCUUCUAAGUCCCGGGACUUUGGAGUAUUUGUUGGAAAGCUUGAGUUCAGAGUCACACCCGACAGUGAUGCUUUUUGCUCUCAUUGCACUUGAAAAAUUUGCACAAACAAGUGAGAAUAAGUUGACUGUGUCUGAGUCGUCUAUCAGCAACCGGCUAAUGAUAUUGGAGACCUGGGCAAACCACACCGACUCCCUGAAACGACAGGUUGGAUUCUGCGCACAGUGGAGCUUAGACAAUCUCUUUCUGAAAGAGGGACGUCCGUUCACGUAUGAGAAGGUGAACUUAAACAACAUUAAUGCCAUGUUGAAUAGCAAUGAUGUCAGCGAGUACCUCAAAAUCUCACCGAGUGGGGUGGAGGCCCGCUGUGAUGCCUCUUCAUUUGAAAGCGUGCGGUGUACAUUCUGUGUGGAUUCCGGGGUCUGGUACUAUGAAGUUACCGUUGUUACUUCAGGUGUAAUGCAGAUUGGUUGGGCGACCAAAGACAGUAAAUUUCUUAAUCAUGAGGGUUAUGGUAUCGGUGAUGAUGAGUACUCCUGUGCAUAUGAUGGCUGCCGGCAGCUGAUUUGGUACAAUGCCAGAAGUAAACCACAUUCGCACCCAUGCUGGAAGGAAGGUGAUACGAUAGGAUUUGUAUUAGACUUAAGUAAGAAGCAGAUGGUUUUUUAUUUAAAUGGAAACCAGCUUCCCCCAGAGAAACAAGUCUUCUCAUCAGCCACAUCUGGCUUUUUUGCUGCAGCAAGUUUUAUGUCUUACCAGCAGUGUGAGUUCAACUUUGGGGCAAAACCCUUCAGAUAUCAACCACCUGUUAAAUUUAGCACCUUCAACGACUAUGCCUCUCUUGCGUCUGACGAAAAGAUUAUACUGCCAAGACACAGGCGAUUGGCUCUGCUGAAACAAGUGAGCAUUCGAGACAACUGCUGUACACUGUGCUGUGACAAGAUGGCAGACACAGCACUCAAGCCCUGCGGUCAUAGUGGUAUGUGUAUGGAGUGUGCUUUACUCCUGGAGACCUGCCCAUUGUGUCGACAAGACAUAAAGACCAGAGUCGCGCUGAUCUCCCAUGUUUCCUGACACUGGGGCAGCCGCAGCAGUCCUCUUUGUCACUGGGCAAUGACAGUGAAAGAACGGAACUGUAAACAGACAGAACUUUUAGUGUCUUGUGCUGUGUAAUGGCACCUAAAGAUAAAAUACGAGUUAAACUGAACAACGGCCAAGAUCAUGUUAACUUACAAAAAUAAGAAAAUGCCCCUCUGUUGGUUCUGUCACUAUACAUUGAAGAUUUAUCAAGACAACUUUCUUGGUUAAAAAUAGAGAUUUUCUCGGUGGUAAUUAAAGUUCAAUUCAAUUAUACAUGACUUGUUUUAACUAAAAAAUACAUGGAUCGUUAUUCUAGUUGAAAUGUGACCCUUGUGUGUCACUUCUCUUGUAAUUCAUAUUGGUGAAUUCACAGAAUGUGAAUUACACAACAGCAGUGAAAAGACAAAAGAUGCCGAAUCCAUCAGCCCUUUUCGUUUUUUUGCCUAGAUCGUAAUAAAAUGUCAACAGGAGCAAAAAGACAGGCAUUUUUAUCUGAAAGUAAGUCUUUUAUAAGGGGAUUCAACUUUAAACAGAACUAGCAAAAACAGGUUUCUUAUUUUGGCUGGAUGAACUGUUAAACUUUACACUGGAAGUAGGACAGAGAAAGCAUUAAACGAUCAGACAACAUUCCUCUGCUCUUCUUAUGAGGGCACAAAAGCAAUCUGGUCAAUGCUUUAAUGCAAGCUGCUUAUAACUUGAAUAAUAUUUUACCGCUGAUUCUUUAAGUUCGGGUAAAUGAUUUAUUAUUAACAGUCCAAAAAAAAACUGUCAAAGCAGAAUCAUCUGGACAAUGCCAGGUUACUUUUAAGCUCAGAAUACACAGAUAAGUUAUAAGAAUUCCAAAGAUCAGAGGGCACCUUUUUCUUUUUUUUCUAAAUGGGGAAAGAAAAGGUGGUGGUGUUUGGUAUUCUUUUUUUGGUUUGUAAUAUUUGUAUUAAAAUGUUACUGUCCAUAUUUAGAACCACAUGUGAAUAGCAAGACAUUUUAGUUAUUUAUUUAAUGAAAUAAACAAAGUUUGUUAUCAAAUGAAAAAUGUGUUCCUGCUCCAAAUGGAACUGGAAAACUGUAUUAUAAUUAAACUACGAUUAUUCUUUUUAAAGAUACUUUUUCCAUUUUUUUUUCUUUUGUUAAACAAUAUUGUUUACAGGACUUAUGCACAUGCAAAGUCCUGAUGUCAUUGUCAGAAAGAUAUUGGAAAAAUAAUGACUGAUGUAUAGAUAUUGUUUUCAAAAAAUAAAAAAAGAUAUUUGAAUA